UUAGAUUAACUUCAGAGACUCCAUGCUACGAAAGCAAACUCAUGAAAAGAUACGCAUUUUCAUGGAACUUUGGGAAGUUGACGACAUGAAUCUCAGGGAUGGAAAUCGCACGGCUCUUUUUAAUAGAUGGUGCUUUCAUGGUGCAUCGGUCUAAUGGACAUAACUCUAAAAAAUGACUAUGACUUCAAUGUCUGAAAGUUUUGUGGCUUCUGACCCCUCAAAAUCGGCAUUUCUGGAGUUCAGUCACGGCUACCAGUCUCACCAACAGCAUUCCCCCGGUGUGUCCCACGCGCUCUAUCCGGUGCACGGUUUGCAUCAAGGGGCACAUCCGCAGUACGAUGCGAACUUCUCAUCUGGCGCUGCUUCGUAUGGCCGUCCGCUCAGUUACCACUGCAGCGCCCAUCAUCACUCCGGAGCUUACCUACCCUAUCAGCACAACACUGCCGUUGGCCAUUCAAGAGUAGAGGAUGCAGAUUCCGAGAAGCUAAGUUCCAUCGAAAGUGGAGAACUACGCUUGAACGGAAAGGGGAAGAAGAUUCGCAAACCCCGAACCAUCUACUCGAGCUUCCAGCUGCAGGCGCUCAACCAGCGCUUCCAGCAGACCCAGUAUCUCGCGCUCCCUGAACGCGCUGACCUGGCUGCCAAACUGGGUCUGACGCAAACACAGGUAAAGAUAUGGUUCCAGAACAAACGUUCAAAGUACAAAAAGAUAAUGAAGCAUGGCUCAAGCGGACCAGAGGGAGAACACCUUCAAGCAGCUUCAGCCUCUGGACCACCAUGUUCUCCAGGAAUGCCACCCCUGUGGGACAUUUCCAUGUCAACAAAGGGUGCUCCAAUCCACUCUGGAGGAUAUAUGAACUCUUUUGGACACUGGUACCCUGGUCAUCAUCAAGACCCAAUGCCAAGAGCUCAGAUGAUGUGACUCGAUUUGUAAGACAAUCUACAGUUCAAUUCCCCAUUACUGAUUCUCACCAGUACACUCUGAUUCAGAUAACGCCAGGCCGCUUUCAGCACUGUUUACUCACAGUCAAGAUUUCCUCAAGUUCCUCCUCUUCAUGAAGAUUUAUGUUGCUGACAAAAUUAUAAUUUUUUUUGCUUGCAGAUUUGUUUUAUUUUUAUUUUUUUUUUUUGUAGAAAGACUGGCAGUAUAACUGCCUGAUUGCUCUCUCUGAACUUGGAUUUCAUAAGCUCUUGUAAAUUUGAAUAAAAUGCAUUGUCCGGUUGCUUCCUGGUUGUCUGGUUGUACCAUCUAUCAAAUAUUCCAAAGCCUGCAACUUCAGCUGCUUAAGAAUUGUAUUCUUCUUGAUUGUUUAUCUGUCUAUUGCAUAUUAUUUUCCCCGUUUUCACUGAAUUAGAUGUAGACCAAUAUAUCUGUUUUACGAUUAAUCAGUGCUGCUAGUUGCUUUUUGGAAUUAUUGGUUAUUUUCAAAAAUCUAUGAAUCCUCUCUAAAAUUCUUUAUUUUAUUUUUUUAUUUUUCAUUCCUCCAUGUUCCUCUGUCUGUGGUCAGCGCUGGAGGAUUCUAGUUAGGAUGGCUUGGUUCUGCAGCAUAACAGGGAAAUCUUUCAUCAUUGAAAACAUUCAUCCAUAUUUUUAUCUUCAAUUAAAUGCAUAUUUUGUGAUUGCAGUGUGAAGCAUUUACAUGUUUCCAUUGAUCAUGGUAUAAAUUUUGGGGGGGUUACCUUCCCCCAUACCCCCUGAAAACUACAUACAUAUGCACCAAAUCUUCAUUUUUUCCUGGUUAUUAUUGGGAUGAUGGUUGACUAAUACACUGCAUCUGGGAUUUUAUUUUCUUUGGACUGUUAUGUAUGGAAAGAUUAAGAUAUUUUUUUGGACGCCAGUUUUAUUGGCCAAUUUAUCAGUUAUCGGCUUUUUCCACCACCUUAGUUAUCAGUAUUGGCAAAAUCCACUAUU